AUGAAGCUGCUAAGAAAAUAUUUUGUAAUAAAAAAGGAAUAUGUUUACCCCGUUGUAUUCCUCUUCCAAAGUGUGGAGGACUUUUUACCCCUUAUUCCCAUAUUUGUGGGAUUAUCAGCUUUAGGAUCAUUAGCUGGUGGAGCAGCGGGUAUAGCAAAAGCUGUUUAUUCAAAAGCAGCACAAAAGAGUCUUCAGGAAUCUGAAAGACAUAACAGAAUGAUGGAAGCCGUUGCUCUAGGAAAAGGAUUAUACAUUAAACCUCAUAAACAAGGAGCAGGUUUAUAUCUUAACCCCUCAAAAAACUAA